AUGGCACAGAUUGAGUUAAGGAUAAAAGCACGGGAAAUAGUGGAGAAGUGUCUGUCUAUCAAUGCCCCAGACUCAAAGAUACGCAUUAGGUUUGACAGCCCAAGGGAGCAGAUCGCUCUUCUAAACCAUAUACUUAGAGGCAAUCUGGAAAUAGAAAGCAAGCACACUGAUGAGGAAAAGCAGAAAAUUCUAGGCACACUUAUGAAUGACCUGUAUCAGUACCUGGCAUACGAUGAGCAUAAAGUAGAGAUCAUACGCAAUGUGCAAGUUGCGCUAAGGAUCAAAGACAAUGACCGGACUAAAACCGAGACUAUCCGUCUCAUUAACGAGCUUAUAGAGCCAAACCCUUCCAUAUACAACCCAGAGCACGGAAUGCACAGGAAAAAGGAAAGAGUAGACUGCAUAGACCCUGAGAGUGCCAGCCCUGACCUAAGCACUCGGAGAUGCGUGCUAGAGAUUGAUGACAGGCCUUCUGUCUUGGAGAACAUGCUGCAGGCUACCACAGAGAGUCUGGAGAGACACAACUUGUUCUACAUAUCUGGCUUUUUGAAUGAAAUGGGCAUGCACAGAUUAAAAGAGUAUGCUUACAUAGAAAAAUACUACACGCUGGAUGGGCUGUACACAAAAAAAUACGAAGGCACUGAAACAGCACUCGUAGACUACGGGCUGAAUCUUGUUUUUGAAAAGUUCUACGAAAUUGCCGAGACUUUUGGAAAAAUUAGAAAUAUAGAGCCCACUGCCAGCCACGAACUUCGACAGAGAAUAACUGAAAAAGAAAUCACUAAACUGUUUACCCCACUAGAGCUAAGUAUACUCGCUUCUAUCAGCGAGAAUGCAAGCAUAAUACUGUAUGAAAAAAGAAUGCAGAACAACAUGUUUAAAACAUUAGAGUACGUACUGAACAACACCAAACUCUUGGAAGAAAAGAAUGGAGCAAAGGCGCUGAACAUAGGGCCUGAUUUAAGCAGAUUUUAUGAAGACUACAUAACGAGCACGGACCUAAUAAGAGUAAUCACUGAAAAAAGAGUUGAGCUAGCCAAGGAAACAAGAGAAAAGACGCAAAAGUUAGAACAAAAAACCCCAAAGCACAACGGAAAAGAAGCACGCAUACACAAAAGAGCAUUUAAAAAUAGUAGACUUAGCGCUCAGCCCCGCCGUAUAAGCGAAGACUAUGCUGUCAAAGCUAUAAAAGACGACAUAAAGCUGCUGGAAUGGAAGUCAGGAAAAGAAGUCUUGCAAAUCGAGAACAUCCAUACAAUACUAAGCGAAGUAGACCAGCUGUCUAAAUUGAGAAUGUCCCAGAAAGAGUACAUGGUGGAAAAGAUAAAAGAGUUUGAAAAGCUGAUGAAAGUAAAGGCAGUCGCGCAAGCAGUAGAAAAUCAAGCAGAGGAAACAGCAGAAGUGCCAGAAGAAGUAAGCGUGGAAGAAGAAGAACUGCUGGAAAAAGCAGAUGAUGGGCCAAAAGAGUUGGAUGUAUCAGAAGGAAUAAGACAAAAUGAAAUAGUGGGUGAGCUAGAAGUACAGAAAAGAAAUAAUGUAGAAACAAUAGAAGAAGAAAAGAAAGUGCCAAAAGAAAGAAAUCACACCCCAACAAAACUCACUCAAGGGAACAUAAUUAAAAUGCUCAUAUUCGGUGCUGUUUGUAUAGCAGCAUCAGUGCUUCUAGUUAGAUUCUUGAAGAGUCAUGCAAAAUCUUCUGGUGUAAGUUAUUGA